UGCUUCACGCUGACACCGAGGAGGAGCCGAAGAUCACCAUCUUUCUGCAGUUGACGAUCUCUGAAAUCUGAUUCAUCUUCACCAUGACGCUGUUGGCUGUUUCUGCACUUCUCUGUGCAAUGACGAUUACGACCCUUGGAGCUGCCUUGGAACCUCACGUGUUUAGUAAGUUCUCAUCCUGUCCCUGUGCAUGGACACAGUUCCAGGACCGAUGUUUCAUCUAUGUCCCGAAGGCCAUGACGUGGGCCGAGGCUCAGCAACACUGUCAGUCCAUGAGGGCCAACCUCGCUUCUGUGCGCAGCUUUGCAGAAUACACGGCCAUUCAGAGCUUAACUGCAAUUGAUCGAUACAGGAACACGUGGAUUGGAGCAUCUGAUGCUCAACAGGAUCGUUUUUGGUUCUGGAGCGACGGAACACCUUUCACCUACACAAACUGGUGUCCUUAUCAGCCUGAUCACAGACACACUGGAACGUAUGGACCAAAUGGGCCGUAUUGUAUACAAAUGAAUUUUGGAGUCGGAAAGUGCUGGGAUGAUGGCGAAUGUAAGGCUGUGUUUCCAUCCAUCUGCGCCAAGAAAGUCCUGGGUUAACACCGAGCCAGGACGUACCUGUCGAAAGCACUAUUAAGCCACUUUUUGCAUAGUCUGACUUUUUGUGUUAUCAGUUUCAUAAUAACCAGAAAUAUUUGUCACGCAAUUCAAAUUAUGUCUCUUCUAACGCUGUAACGCCUUUAAAGGAAUAAAGGGACAAGUAACUUCUACAGCAGCAGGUUGUUUUUGAGGCUUUAAUGAAAGCAGAAUGAAUGUGUUGAAUGCUUGAAGCAAAACUUUAUUUAUAAUUGUCUUUCUCUUCUUGUGCAAACAUUAAAGUGUCAAGC